CUCGGGCUGUCUGUCAGCCUCGGGAGGUCCGGAGACCAACCUGGAAGCGAAAAGCGGCGGCGGAUCGUCUGAGUCCGGUGCGGGCUCUGGGCCCCGGGAGGAGGCGGGUGAGUGAUUGACAGGAGCCGUGCUGUCAGUCAGCCCGGGGUCGGGCUCGGGGGUCGGUGCGGUAACAAAGGCGCUGAGCAGCCCCUCCCCUGCAGCCGGGACCGGAGUCAGGGACAACCUUUACCUUCAGCCUCCACAACACCCCGACCGACUGUUCCCUCUGAGCUGCUGCUGGUCAUUGACAGCGAUCAGGAAGAGUAACCCUCCCUCCAGGAGAAAUAAGGAAACUAUGACCUCGAAAGUGCAGUUGUUGUGUUGGGGUCAAACCAAUUUCGGGCAGCUGGGGCUGGGUGACGUACAAGAGAACUUUGUGGUUCAGCCGAGAACAUCCUCGUUCUUCAGCGGUAAAACCGUGCGCGAGGUCUCCUGUGGGAGAUACCAUACAGCUUUCGUUCUACAAGAUGGAAGUGUCUACACAUGUGGCUCAAACAUCUGGGGGCAGCUAGGCCAUGAGAAAGCAGGUUACAAUCCAGAACAAGUUGCAGCACUAGACGCUCAGACGAUUGUCCACACAUCUUGUGGAGAAGCCCACACUGUUGCCCUCAAUGACCAAGGUCAGGUCUUUUCAUGGGGAGCAGGAAGAGAUGGUCAGCUCGGGAUCGAUUCCACUGAGGAGACUGUCCGGAUACCAAGGUUAGUCCGGACGUUGAGCGGAUGUGUGGUCAUACAGGUCACUUGCGGAAGCUGGCAUUGCAUGGCACUUACUAAAGAUAGUCGUCUCUUUGCUUGGGGCCAGAAUUCUCAUGGCCAGUUGGGUCUGGGGAAGAGUUACCCCUCUCAGUCCAGCCCCCAGUGCAUCAAGUCUCUGACUGGGAUUCCGCUGGCUCAGAUCGCUACAGGAGGGACGCACAGCUUUACUCUGUCGCUGUCGGGAGCAGUGUUUGGUUGGGGGAGGAAUAACUGUGGUCAGCUCGGACUCAGUGAUGAUAAAGAUCGAGAUGUCCCCAAUCAUGUCAAGUUCCUGAGGAGACAAAAAAUUGUUUACAUUAGCUGUGGUGAGGAACACACAGCAGCUCUAACCAAGAAUGGAGGUGUUUUUACUUUUGGAGCUGGUCUAUGUGGGCAACUGGGACACAACUUCAUAAAUAAUGAAAUAAAUCCUCGCAGAAUCCAGGAAUUGAUGGGAAGUGAAGUCUCUCAGAUAAGCUGUGGAAGACAACACACACUUGCCUUUGUCCCUUCUACUGGCCUACUCUAUGCAUUUGGACGUGGCAACAGAGGCCAGUUAGGAUCGGGACACACAGUUAACUCUCAGGUUCCAUACAAAGUAGCUGGAAACUGGGUAACUCACACGCACAAGCCACAUCCUAACGAUCAGUCCAUGUAUCGUGUGCUGAAACAUGUUUGCUGUGGAGGAGAUCAGAGUUUCGCCCUUUUCUUUCACCAUGAGAAUUCACAAGUCCCUGAUGAUUUCCGCUGUUUGGAUCAUUUGAAGCGUGUCAGGAUAAUCAAUAACAACGUGAAUACGUGGAUGCUAAGCCUUUCAGGGAAGGACGUACUUAACGAAUUAAAUGCAAUAUUUUCAUCACCUGCGAGUUUGAACGGCAGUUUCCUUGAUCAUCGUAAUGAUGAGCACUUUAAAACUAGUGCUCGAAAUCCUGGAAUUGACUUGAAGGCUGCCAUGUUGUUUUUUGAGAAGAUGGUGAAUUCUCCGUAUGCCAAAUUACUACAUCAGGUUACUGUGACUUUAGAGAAUCAUUUGAUUUCCCAGUUACCGACUUCUCCGCCUGAUGUCGAGGCCAUGAGAGCCUUUCUGAUUUUACCGGUGCUUCCCCUCUUCCGAGAGUCUAAGAAUUAUUUGACCUUUGCCCUGCCAUUCGCUGCGGCCAUUCUCCACUUGGAUGCCAACCCGAGCAAAGUGUUGGACAACUGGUGGUGCUGGGUAGAUGCUGGCUAUUUCUGCCAGUUGGUGGAGCUCUAUAAAGAUGCAGUGGUCUACCUUCUAACCCGAAUGAAGACCUCACUGCUGGCUCCUGUGUUUAGCCAUUACAUCAUUGACGCUCUCCGGGUUUUGGAAAAGCUGCACAAGGUUAAUUUGACUGUGAACCAUAUUGACUACGAGGCAUUCUACAUCCACGAACUGAAUAACUUAGUCAAUAUUGAAACAGAUUUUCUGUACUGGGCAUCUCAACAUGCUGGAGUAAAAAUUCAACCAGCUAUCGCAGAAGUCCCCAUUGCUUUCUGCUCCUACCCUUUUGUCUUGAAUGCUCAAGCAAAGACAAAGAUGUUACAGACAGAAGCUGCGUUACAGAUGCAGAUAGCGGUGAACAGGACCAGCCUGGAGAACAUCUUUAUGCUUCUCACCCUGGGCCCUUUCCUGACCAGCAGCCCCUUCCUGGUUUUGCACGUUCAGCGGAGUAAUCUGGUCAGUGAUGCCUUGAGGGAGCUCAGCAUUCAUUCAGAUGUUGACUUGAAAAAACCCUUGAAGGUGGUGUUCCUGGGUGAGGAGGCUGUGGACGAUGGAGGUGUGACAAAGGAGUUCUUCCUGCUGUUGCUAAAGGAGCUGCUGGAUCCUAAAUACGGGAUGUUCACAUACUACGAGCAGUCUAGGCUUUUGUGGUUUUCAGAAAAAACGUUUGUGGAGUUGAACUGGUUCCACCUGAUUGGGAUCCUGUGUGGCCUGGCCAUCUAUAACUUCACCGUGGUGGACUUGCACUUCCCCCUUGUGCUGUACAAAAAGUUGCUGAGCGUGAAACCCACUCUGGAGGACCUGAAAGAACUUUCUCCCACUGAGGGCAGGAGCCUGCAGGAUUUGCUGGAUUACCCCGAUGACAAUGUCGAAGAAACGUUCUGCCUCAAUUUUGCGAUUCUUCGAGAAAACUAUGGACUGUCAGAGCUCCACGAACUGGUCCCUGGAGGUAAGAGCCUGCCUGUGAAGAAAGACAACAGGAAGGAAUUUGUCCAAGCUUAUGUGGACUACAUCUUAAAUAACUCUGUCCAGGAGCUCUUCUCAGCUUUCUCCUGUGGCUUCCUAAAGGUUUGUGGAGGGAAGGUGCUUCAGCUAUUCCAGCCCAGUGAGCUGAUGGCCAUGGUGGUAGGGAACACCAGUUACAACUGGAAGGAGUUAGAAAUGAGUGCGAUAUACAAAGGGGAUUACCAUCCUGCACAUCCUACAAUAAAGAUAUUUUGGGAAGUAUUCCAUGAGUUUCCUUUGGAAAAGAAGAAGUUGUUUCUGUUGUUUUUGACCGGAAGUGACCGCAUUCCUAUUUAUGGGAUGGCAAGCAUUCGGAUGACCAUUCAGCCCACUGCCGGAGGGGAAUGCUACCUGCCCGUGGCUCAUACCUGUUACAACCUACUAGACCUCCCCAGAUACUCCAAUAAAGUGACACUGAGCAUCAAACUCACUCAGGCUAUCAAUCACCACGAAGGCUUCAGCUUGGUAUGAAACAAACCCUUUCGCUCUUGCCCUGGCAAGGGGAUUUAUUGAUUUCUUUUUUUAAUAAGCACUUUAUUAUUAUUAUUAUUAGAGAUUAUUUUACAAAAUACUGUCUCAUUCUUUCUUGUCCUGAAAGAUUAUUUUACACGAUAAUCUGAGAGAUGAUUCUUUCGGCUGUAAUUCCAAACUGCUGGGUACAUUUUUAACUGAGUCACUGCUGUUGCUGCAGCUGCAUUAUUUUUUAAAGCAUUAAGUUUUUAUUGGAAAGGUAACUAGUUUUAAUUGGCGUUACAUUAAAAGGGGGGAAUCGCUUGGCCUAGUUUAUCCGACCCUAGUGGGUCCUUUCAUUUUUCCUGAGUUUCAGUGAUGGUUUCUCCUGGAAACUUCUGAAACAUCCAUUACCAAAGAAUGGCUGAGGAAUUUGGCACUGCUGUAGCGCCUGGUGCUGAGCAGAGAGGGAACAUGUGCUCAUGGCAAACUGAAUUGGAAUGGGGUGAGGUAGGGGGCUUCCACUUGCCAGUCACUGGGUCCAUGCCUUAGACAGAUUGCGAUGGAUGAGUGAGUUGAGAGGCUGCUUCAGGCUACACUCGGCCAUGUGCUGAAAGCAGAUGCGUGCUAGUUCCUUAUUGUGGAAGCUAGAAACCUGAAAUAGAUGCAGAGAAUGCUGGAGAAACUCAGCAAGUUUGUCAGCACCUGCAGAGAGAGGGAGGGGAAAAAAUAGUUCAUGUUUCGGGUCCAGUCUGACAUUUUAUCCCGAACUGAAAGGUGCUGGAAAAUGGCAUGGACCGAGGAGGAGCGUGUGGAACAGAUUGCAAAGGGUAUGCAAAGCAACAAAGGGAAUGUCAAUGGUACUUUGUCACCCUCAGCAGCUGUUCCACUCAUAGCCUCCUCCUUACUCCAUCAGAAACAUCAACAAAAUUCAUGAGGGGCAUGGAUAGGGUAAACAGACAAGGAUUUUCCCCUGGGGUGGGGGAGUCCAGAACUAGAAGGCAUAGGUUUAGGGUGAGAGGGGAAAGAUAUAAAAGGGACUCCAGGGGCAACUUUUUCACACACAGGGUGGUGCAUGUAUGGAAAGAGCUGCCAGAGGAAGUGGUGGAGGCUGUUCCAUUACAGCAUUUAAAAGCCAUUUGGAUGGGUAUAGGAAUGGUUUAGAGGGAUAUGGACCAAGUGUUGGCAAUAGAACUAGAAUAGGGGAGGAUAUCUGGUUGGUAUGGACAAGUUGGACAGGAGCAGCUUUUCUGUGCUGUACAUCUCUGACUCAAAACCACCGAUUUCCAGCAAUUCUGGAACAGUCAUACUGGAUUUGGAAUUUUAAUUCUCACUCUGUCUCCACAGAUGCUGCCAGACCGGCUGAGUUUCUCCAGCACUUCCUGUUUGCAUUUUAUCGUUAGCCAUUAGCAUGCCGAUAUAAGGAGCUUAACAUCUGAGCCCCAUAUCAGACAAGAUUCAGCUGCAUAACCAGGAGCACAGGCUGAUGCUGUGAGAACGCAGGUUCAAAUCCUGUCGAGGCAGAUGGUGGAUUUUAAGUUCAAUCGAUAUUUAGGUUCAGACAGAGCUGAUCCCUGUAAGGGUAAGAAUGAUGUCAUUGAAUGUUGUUCACCAAAGCCUUGUGGGGAAGGAAAUCUGCCCUUCUUUAUCUGCUUAUCAGGCCUGUGUGUAAUGCCAUAGUAAGGAAAUAGAUUCUGAAUUGCCAUCAGUUCACAAGCACCAGGCAGUAUGUUACCAGCGACGCUCUCAUGCCUUGAAUGAAUAAAGGAAAACCAGAUCAGUCCACGACCAUAUAGAAUGGCAGAGUUGGUUUAAAGGACCCUACAUCUGCUCCUAACUCUUAGGACCACGUGUGUAACCCUCCACCCCAGGGCUGUUGCCACCUGCCUCAGAUGCCACCUCUUUCGCUGACUCUGCCCACUCACUGGAAAUGCAAGGGCAUCAGUGUUUCUAAGUGUACCAAGUGCAAAAUCAGUCUCUGGCAAAGAUAACAAAUUGGGUGCCCCUUCCACACCAAGUUUGAUGAAAAGGCAACGUGGCCGGAUGCAGUCACAGGUGGUGGUUGGAGAUCUGGUCCCAAGGACCAAUUUCGCUCCCAUCCUGAAUUUACUGGACCCAGAAUUCGUGGCUGUUGCUUUUAUUUAUUCUGUGCUGUGUGGAACGCUUAAUUGCAUAAGGAGCCCAAAGAGGCGCUUUUAAAUGGUGAAACCUAGGCGUAAUUAGAAUACAAUAAUUCAUGUAAAUACAAAGUGGCUACCACCGAGUUGAUGCUUUAAGAGCAGGUGGUGAACUCUACUGCCUCAGAAGGAGGUGGGAAGGAAGGGUCAUCAAACUUUUUUAAAGUUGAAAGUAGUUUCUUGUAGGGCAAGGAAUUGAGGGUUAUCAGGUAGAUGGCAAUGUCAAACCUGUACCAAAUAGGUUGGCCGUGAACUUAAUGGUGGAGCAGGCUCGAAUGGUUUGCUUCUGUUCCUAAUUUGCAUGUUCUUUCCAAGGGGGUCCGUUGUAAGAAUAAUUUUGGAUGAGCAACAACCACUAACGUUGCCAGCGACACUCAUGUGCAAGAACCUAUUUUUUAAAAGAAGUUGGUUUCCGAUGUGUCUAUUGUCUUACUGAAAGCUUUGUAAAAUAUUGUAACAUGCUUGUACAAAUCCCUAGUUUGAGAGAAUGUGGGCAGAAUUGUGAUCAAUUUUAUCUUUUAUUUUCAUGAGUCGGAAGGUUUUGUUUCUUUUGAUUUCUCAUGUGAGACCAACGUCCAGGUUAAAUCCAGCUAUCUUGUGUAUGUUUCUUUUUGUAUAAUGACAUUUUUGAACAGAUAAAUAAACAAAUGAAGCCAAAA